AUGGCUGCUGCUGCAGUCUCCCUUUCCUGUCCCCCCCGUCGCUCUCUUCCAGGCUCGCACAUGCUCACGCGGCUCACAAUCAUCCGUCGCCCCCUCCGCUUCGCCAAGCGACACAGACCUCGUAUCCCCGCUCCUGUCGCCGACUCGGAACCCGACCCAGACUCCUCGUCCUCUGACCCAGAGAACGAACUUACCCCUCGCGCUCUCCGUGCCCUCAAGCGACAGCGCCUCGCUCUCGACCUCGACAGCCUCUCCAUUUCCCCUCGUGGUCGACCUAGAAAGAGGCGCAAGGAGAACUUUGCUCAUGCCAACUCCGUUGCAGCCGCUUCAUCUAGGAAGGAAACUCCUCAGACAGGCAAGUCUCAUGCCUUCUUGUUUGCAACCUUCGGUAACGGUUAUGCUAGAAUCCCGUCCUGUGAAAAUGCCGCUCACAUACCAUCCAUACCUGAGUGUCCAGUGAACUUUGUCAAUGGGACUGCCUCUUCCGUCCCGAUAUCGUCGAAUGAUGGAGAACCCUCAUCCACCUCUUACUUGGGCCCUGCCCCUUGUGACAGCUUCGCUGAUCAGUCGUCGAUCUUGAUGCUCACGGAUGAUUCAAAUUCCUCGCCCUCUGUAGACAACAAAGCCACCGAUGUGUCUGCACCCUCGGUUCCGCCAAUAUCUACCGAUGCUACGAUUGCACCCCUCCCCCUGUCGCCGCCGCUCGUGCCCUGUGCUCCAUCGUCGCCAGAGUCAGAACCUUUGACACCGUUGACACCUCUUACUCCGUCCCCUUCGCCCUCGCCCUCAGGUCAUGACCGACAUACGUCAUCAGGUCCUCCCUCACCGCUAACUGAACCAUUACCUCUUCUUGUAUCCAUCGAGCCCGUCUCUCUGCCUUCAGAUUCCCUUUCUCCCUCGACACCACAUCCCCCACCAUUGUCUGCGGAAGGCUGUACAUCCGCACAACCAGCGGUGUUGUCGCCACAUCCCUCUCAUCUCUCGCUUGACCCGCCGCUGGACAAUCUCAUUUCCUUUGACGGCCUUCCACCCAAUUUCGAUUCUGGAAUGUCACUUCAUCUCGAUGCGCACCACUGCAAUCCGCACGAAGAUUCUCACCCUCAUCCGCAUGUGCCGCAGCUCCCGUACGUCCGCCCACCUUUCACGCAGAUACCUGGCCGAGAUCGUGAGGUCAAUAUAUGGAAGUUAGCGUGUCAGGAACGGGUGGAAUACCUGGCUCGGCGUUUUGGUUUCGAAACGAUCAAGGCUGUCGUCGCGUCCGAGGCAAGUUCUGUUGUGAAUGCGAUUUCCCAUGUAUCGCCCAGCACUACGACAACUUCCUCUCCCGAAUUCCCCACGCAAGAAGACUCGGCUCAUGCCACACAACCACCCCAAACACGCUUCAGGUUAUACACUCCUGCGAGUUACACGUGGAGCUCCCGGUCUGUUUUGGGCGUUGGCUCCGUUCCAGGGAAGCGAUCGUCGAACGAUAGUCCCCAGGAAGCGGAAGCAGAGAUUGAGAGGGAAGCUCUGUGGGCCGAAUCAGAUGUGGAUGUGGACGUCGAUAUGGAUAUAGAUGCGGAUAUGGACGACGACGACGACGAUUACGAGGAUGAAGAUGAACUUGGGGAGCUCGAAGGGGAUGCGGAUGGGGAAAACCGUGUGGACUUGGAUAUGGAGGGAACAAAUGGGAAAAGUGGUGCAGCGAUGCAGCAACUGCUAGGGGAGAACCUGAAGGUAAUGGAUGCAAAGGGCGAGGACACGAUGAUGGAUGUCGAUUGCAUGGGACAGUCGCAGAGAGGGCCUGUUGACCUGGCGGAUAAGGAAAAUCAUGCAUCAGCAAGCGCGGCGCAUUCGUCUUCUCUUUUUACAACAUCGGACGAGUCGCAAAUGACGGUGUCAGCGGGACUCGCGACAAUGCCUAGUCCUUCGACCAGUCUGGCGCUCCCUCUUCGCCAUCAGUUUCCUCCGCUCUCAUCAUUACACGUGCCCCUCCUCUCGGAACCGCCUCGUGCGUUUAUGGGUCGUGGGACGCCUCCGGAUCGACGAAGGCUCAUGGAGUGGAGCAUAUCAGACCGCUACCCGGGGUGUCAGACUCAAGCCAUCGGCGUUGGGCUUUUCGUUUCUCCUACACGCAAUCCGGGCAUUAAUACCGUGCCUAUGUCCAUGGUUUCGAUGCAUCAUCCCGCAGCAGAUGACGUUCAUCAAGGAGGGGGUGAUGAUCGAUCACAGCCACAUCACCAUGCCGGCGAAUGGACGUCGUUUUUAUAUGCGAUGCUGGAAGGUGAUGGUAUAAAUAAUUGUCAAGUGGACACGAAUGUUCCCUCCACCGUAUGCCGGACCAGUAAUAAUACCCCAGGGAACAUGAGUGUUGGCGCUGUGGCUACCACCACUGGUUCCACGACGGACGUGACAGGAUGGUAUGAGCUGGGACUGGCCUCCAUGCAUAUGGGUGGUAGUGUUACUCCUGGCGUUCCGGCAGACAUGUCGCUUUCGCACCAUCCCCAUGUUGUACACGUCUCACCGAUAGAACACCCAGGCGAUGAGGCGAGCUCGAGCACGUUGCGCUUUGCUCUUGGUUAA